AUGGCACGAGAUUGCAGAAUAAAGGGACUGCUUCAUUCAGACCAAGAUAAAGGAGACGGAUCACUCAAAUAUAUUUUAUCUGGAGAUGGAGCUGGCACUCUUUUUAUCAUCGACGAAAAAACAGGUGACAUUCAUGCCACGAGAAGAAUUGACAGGGAAGAAAAGGCCUUUUAUACUCUACGCGCACAAGCUAUUAACAGAAGAACUUUGAGGCCAGUAGAACCCGAGUCUGAGUUUGUGAUCAAAAUCCACGAUAUCAAUGACAAUGAGCCAACAUUCCCAGAGGAAAUUUAUACAGCUAGUGUUCCAGAAAUGUCCGUUGUAGGUACUUCUGUGGUGCAAGUCACAGCUACAGAUGCCGAUGACCCUUCCUACGGGAACAGCGCCAGAGUCAUUUACAGCAUCCUGCAAGGACAGCCGUAUUUCUCUGUGGAGCCCGAAACAGGUAUCAUUAGGACUGCUUUACCCAACAUGAACAGAGAGACCAGGGAGCAGUAUCAAGUGGUUAUCCAGGCCAAAGACAUGGGCGGCCAGAUGGGGGGGUUAUCGGGGACCACCAUGGUGAACAUCACACUGACGGACGUCAAUGACAACCCACCUCGCUUCCCCCAGAACACCAUCCAUCUUCGAGUACUUGAAUCCUCCCCGGUUGGCACAGCCAUUGGAAGUGUGAAGGCGACUGAUGCUGACACGGGGAAAAAUGCUGAAGUUGAAUACCGAAUUAUUGAUGGUGAUGGGACUGAUAUGUUUGACAUCAUAACUGAGAAAGACACACAGGAAGGCAUCAUAACCGUGAAAAAGCCACUUGACUAUGAGAGCCGAAGACUUUACACUCUGAAGGUUGAAGCAGAAAAUACACAUGUGGAUCCACGUUUUUAUUACCUAGGGCCCUUCAAAGAUACAACAAUUGUGAAAAUCUCCAUUGAAGAUGUAGACGAGCCUCCCGUUUUUAGCAGAUCCUCCUAUCUUUUCGAGGUCCAUGAAGAUAUCGAAGUGGGCACAAUCAUCGGGACUGUCAUGGCAAGGGACCCAGAUUCCACGUCUAGCCCCAUCAGAUUUUCCUUGGACCGCCAUACUGACCUCGACAGGAUCUUCAACAUACAUUCUGGAAAUGGAUCGCUUUAUACAUCAAAGCCACUUGACCGUGAACUGUCUCAAUGGCACAAUCUUACCGUUAUAGCUGCUGAAAUCAACAAUCCCAAGCAGAUGACUCGCGUGGCUGUUUUUGUGAGAAUUUUGGAUGUUAAUGACAAUGCCCCACAAUUUGCUGUGUUCUAUGACACUUUUGUUUGUGAAAAUGCCAGACCAGGACAGCUGAUACAGACUAUAAGUGCAGUAGACAAAGAUGACCCUUUAGGUGGACAGAAAUUUUUCUUCAGUUUAGCUGCUGUCAAUCCAAACUUCACAGUACAGGAUAAUGAAGAUAAUACUGCCAGAAUUUUAACCAGAAAAAAUGGAUUCAAUAGACAUGAAAUAAGUACUUAUCUCUUGCCUGUGGUGAUAUCAGACAAUGAUUACCCGAUUCAGAGCAGCACGGGCACGCUGACCAUCCGAGUGUGCGCUUGCGACAGCCAAGGCAACAUGCAGUCAUGCAGCGCGGAGGCCCUGCUGCUCCCCGCCGGCCUCAGCACCGGGGCCUUGGUCGCCAUCCUCCUCUGCAUCCUUAUUCUGCUGGUUAUAGUAGUACUGUUUGCAGCUCUGAAACGACAGCGAAAAAAGGAGCCUCUGAUCUUGUCUAAAGAAGAUAUCAGAGACAACAUUGUGAGCUAUAACGACGAAGGUGGCGGAGAGGAGGACACCCAGGCCUUUGAUAUCGGCACCCUGAGGAAUCCUGCAGCUAUCGAGGAAAAAAAGCUGCGGCGAGAUAUUAUUCCGGAAACUCUCUUCAUCCCCCGGAGGACUCCUACAGCUCCAGAUAACACGGAUGUCCGGGAUUUCAUUAAUGAAAGGCUAAAAGAGCAUGAUCUGGAUCCCACUGCCCCUCCCUACGACUCUCUUGCAACCUAUGCCUACGAGGGGAACGAUUCCGUUGCGGAGUCUCUGAGUUCUUUAGACUCGGGUACCACUGACGGAGACCAAAACUAUGAUUACCUCCGGGAGUGGGGCCCUCGGUUUAAUAAGCUGGCGGAAAUGUACGGUGGCGGGGAAAGUGACAAAGACUCCUAACCUAGGAUAUAUAUUCUGUUGAAACAAGAGGAAGUAACUUGACCAACACCGUUUCCACUUCACAAUAUUUGACAUUCAGGACAAUUUUCCUGCCACUCAGCACAAAAAAAAUUUUUUUUCCCCAUUGCCUUUUAAAUUUGCUCAUUACUUACAUUAAUUCUUUCCUGUAGGAUGUCUCAUGGAAUAUAUACGACAUUUUAUUUAAUCACUUCCAAGAGCCAAAGCUAUGGAAAUUCAGUGUUGUCCAUUUUAGGAAAUAAAAGAUAAUUUCAGAAACAUGAGCAGGAUAGUUCUCCCUUAAGCAAUCUCACCAACAAGCCACUUCUGUUAAAUACAUGACCUGCCCUUGCAAAUGAAGCUUUUAAAAAAAGGUAAAGAGAAAUUUUAAGGUAUAUCCUGUUCUGUACAUUAAAUUAAAAAAAAAAAUGUACACGUGGUGUUAGUAGGUGUGAUAUGCAACCUGGUAUACAAAACGUUUGUGCAAUUUCAUUUCAUCAAAUUCUAUCUGCUAAUGUUUUAUAUUUAUAUUUUUGUAUUUAUUUUUAAAAAAAAAUAAACCAGUUUUUACAACUA